AUGGCAGACGAAGAAACUCAAGUACCUCUUGUUGUUGAUAACGGUUCCGGUCAAGUAAAGGCCGGUAUUGCCGGAGAUGACGCACCUUGCUGUGUGUUCCCCUCUAUAGUAGGUAUUCCCAGGCAGGCGGGUGUUAUGGUCGGAGUCGAGAAAAAAGAUUACUAUAUUGGUAAGGAAGCUCAAGAAAAACGUGGUAUUUUGACUCUUAGAUAUCCAAUUGAGCAUGGUAUUAUUACUAACUGGGACGAUAUGGAAAAAAUCUGGUACACCACUUUCUACGAUGAACUUCGUCGAAAUCCAGAAGAACAUCCAGUACUUUUGACUGAAGCUCCCAUGAACCCAAAGACUAACCGUGAAUCGAUGACCAGAGUUAUGUUCGAAACAUUCAAUGUCCCUGCUAUGACUAUUUGCAUUCAAGCCGUACUUUCGUUAUACGCUUCUGGUAGAACUACGGGUGCUGUCAUGGAUAGCGGUGAUGGUGUUACUCACAUAGUACCUAUUUAUGAAGGGUUUGCCAUGCUUAUGGCUAUUAAACGUAUUAAUCUCGCCGGUCGUGAUUUAACUGAAGUUCUUCAAUCUUUGCUUAUGUACGAAGGUUACAGCUUUAACACUAGUGCCGAACUCGAAAUUGUCCGUGAAAUUAAAGAAAAGUUAUGUUAUGUAGCUGAAGAUUACGAAGCCGAACUCGCUAGACUAAAAACCCCCGAAGGUAUGGAAGACAUUAACAAAUCGCAUACUCUGCCAGAUGGUUCAGUUAUCAAUGUUGGACAAGCCAGAUUUGGAUGCCCAGAAGUUCUGUUCAACCCUGAACUCAUUAAGAAAGAACAUGAUGGUGUUCAUCUUGAAACCUGGAAAUCUAUCAAUAAAUGUGAUAUCGAUACAAGAACUGACUUAUGCGGUAACAUCGUGUUAUCUGGAGGUACUACUAUGUUCCCCAAGAUCAAAGACCGUCUCGAAAAGGAAAUCAAAGAACUUGCACCGACUGUUCAAAAGAUCAAAAUUAUUGCCCCACCUGACAGAAAGGCUACUGUAUGGGUCGGGGGUUCAAUUCUUGCUUCACUCAGUGAAUUCGCCACUAGUCUUUGUGUAACUGCAACUGAUUACGCGGAAGAAGGUCCCAGUAUUGUACAUAGAAAAUGUUUCUAA